AUGCCGAAACGCUAUGACGUUGGAACCGGGGCCCACGAGUAUACAGCCACAGCACGUGAUCGGUACCGCCAGGUCUACUUUGAAGCAUUCGAUUUGGUGAUCGCGUGUAUCAAGGACAGAUUCGAUCAGCCAGGCUACAAAACCUACAGAUCCCUCCAAGACCUUCUUGUGUGCUGCGCCCGUGUUGGUUACUACGCCACUCAUCUGCGGAGCGUGAUGGACUUCUACAGGGACGACUUCAACGAGCAGGCGCUCACCACUCAGCUGGAGACGUACCAGGUCGCCGUACGGGACAAGAAGGUCAAGACCAUCACGGACAUUGUCACGUUCUUCCGCGACUUGCCUCCUGAGUCUCGCCUCUUUUUCUCGGAGGUGAUGCGCGUCCUCCGCCACGUCCUGGUAAUGCCCACCCCUAACGCCACCAGCGAGAGGUACUUCUCCGGCCUGAGACGCCUGAAGACGUACCUCCGGACGUCUAUAACACAGGAGAGACCCCCCCACCUCAUGACGCUCCACGUGCACAGGUGUGCUACCGACGCAAUGGACUUGUUAGAUGUUGCCAAUGAGUUCGUCAUAACGUGUGUUUACGCCGACGUUAACGAAUACCGUCUGGUGCGUGACCUGUUGCGCAGCUACGAUAAACGUAUUCGACCAUCGUUGAACGCUAGCAUGGCCCUCAACGUGACUUUCGGAUUCUCACUUUCACAAAUAAUUGACGUGGAUGAGAAGAACCAGAUCAUCACAACGAAUUGCUGGUUAAACCAGAUGUGGAUAGACUACGGACUGCGCUGGAAGCCAGACAAAUACGGAGGACUAAAAGUCAUACGCAUUCCCCACGACUCAGUCUGGAAACCGGAUAUCCUUCUGUAUAACAACGCUGACGUCUCCACCUCUCAUUUCUCCUGGAUCAGUUCCAACGUCAUUGUUACGUCAGACGGUAACGUCACAUGGCUCUCGAUGGCAAUAUUCAAAAGCUCGUGCGCGAUUAACGUUCGCUACUUCCCUUUCGACGUUCAGAAUUGCUCCAUGCAGUUUGCCUCUUGGACAUAUGACGGGUUUCAGGUCAACUUACUGAUAACCACAAACGAGGGGGACAUAUCCAACUACAUUGCCAACAGUGAAUGGGACUUAAUGAAACUCUACGUUGAGCGAAACAUCGUUUACUAUUCCUGUUGCGUUGAACCCUACCCAGACGUUACGUUUUAUAUCUAUAUCAAACGUCGGCCUCUUUUUUACAUAUUUAACAUGUUUUUACCGUGUAUACUGAUAACACUGGUCGCGUUGCUAGGGUUUUAUAUCCCUAGCGAUAGCGGUGAGAAGGUCACUAUGGGAAUAACGACGUUGUUGUCAAUGACAGUGUUUAUGAUGUUAGUCGCAGAGAACAUGCCUCCUACAUCAAAUGUGCUGCCACUUAUAGGUGUCUACUACGGUAUCACCAUCUCCAUCGUGUCCGCGGCCACCAUGAUGACGGUGGUCACCCUGAACAUACACCACAAAGGGACCUCCGGCGUCGAGGUGCCCGCAGCCAUCAAGGCCGUCUGCUUUGGAAUUUUCUCCAAGAUAUUCUGCAUGCCUCUCCAUAUACCGGACCAUCCAGGCGCGCCGAACCACCCACAGUAUGAGAGUCAGACGUACACACCUUGUGCCGUGUCGGGAUCUGAUGGUGACUACACCCGGUACAAGAUGUCCGGCGAACCGGAAGUGCAGUGUGCCGAUACCAGCUCAUCACAACGAAGUCAAGCAUUCAUGAUGACACCAAUGGGAGAAGGUCAUCAGUUUACCUCACGCGUAAGGCCGGAUACCAGUCUACCAGCUUAUAACGGAUUUGGGCCCAAACAUCUGGGAACCAGUCAAACAUCAAGCGGUAGCCAAGCUCAGUCCAACGCUGUAUUCGCGCAAUUAGCGGACAAGGGCGUUAACUCGCCAGACAAUGUGGAGAAGUUGUUUGUUAAAGUAUUAACUCGCGUCAACGCCACGAUAGAAAUGAAUGAAAGGCGUCUAGCGGACCAAGAUUCUAAGGAAAGGAUUAAAUUAGAGUGGGAACAUGUGGCAAGGAUUAUUGACAGAAUUCUUCUGACCAUUUUUGUCGCAGUAACUUUAACAACCACCUGCGCGGUAUUGUUUCAAAGGGAAGAUUGAGAGUGGUUAUUUAGAAACGGUAAUAAGAAAACGAUUUUUUUUUCGCUUAAGGAUGUAAACGUGAAACCAUAUAUAACGUGGUUACUGCAAGACAUACUUUGAGUGGCGGUAUAUUUCAUUUUGGAAUUUAUGUUUUUUAGAAAAUGUUACCGGCUAUGCUGAAAGAAGAAUGUAGUACAUUAGCAUUAAACAAUAUAAGCAGCUUCAAGCUUGUGUGGAAAAUGAGAAUAUCGAAAUCGAUUAUAAUGCUAAAAUGAACAUGUUGUAAAUUUUUGUUGUACGGAGCGUGUAUUUUUCAAAUAAGAAUCUGUGUGUCUUUUUACCGAGAGGAGUGGCUUAUUUCCCGGAAUCAUCUAAUCCAAAUGUACAUAACCAUAAGAUAUCACGUUUUU